GAAAGGAGUACAUGAGGAGAACUCAGAGCAGUGCAUAGUGCCCGAAGAGAAACAAAUCAUGUCGCAGUUUGUCUUUGGGAAUAAAGUCGAUACCGGAAUUUUGCUGUUCCACAAGUAAGUCGUUUUCGCUUUCUGGAUCGCGGACGUAUGGCAUAUGAAUUAUACCGAUGAAGAUCGGUGUGCAGACGAAUGGUGAGCGCUGUUUUCCAAGCGAGCUGCCAGAGCGAAUUAGCGUAGAGGUCGGUACUGUAGAAAUUGUCUGUGGUAGGAGUACAAUGUAGCAUCUGUAAAGUGCACGACACCUCCGUCGAAUUACGUAGAAACUGGCACAGGCCCUGCCACGCGUAUUGCCAUCUUGACGUGAAUCUUCGACAUUAUCGAUUCCUGGUCGAUACUAUUCGUUCAUUUGUGUGAGGAUGCUGUUGUUUUGACGCCUCGGCAUUCAUUUCGGAUCCUUCUUGUCGUAGGCAAAAAUCGUGUAUCGCAUAGGAAUUUGGGCGGAAUAGAGAGCUUUACUGCGAAACCUACUUUUUCCUACUGGUAAAACUCACCUGCUACAACAAGCGUAGACGGAAAGGCACUGUUUGAUUCUUGGCGACAGGGCAAGAACGUUGAAGUCGUAUAGCAACGCAGGAAACGUAAGAAGAAGAACUCAUCUCGACAUAAAACUACACCAAAAUGACGUUUCAGCUGAAACAGGGUCGGGCUUUCGACCCUGUCGGGUGGGACCUCGUGCGCGGGGAGGCGCUCAUCAAAGCCGAGAAGUUGGCAGUAACGAGCCGGGACCAAAUCGGAAUGUGGAGGAAGGACGGGAAUUGGAGCUGGUAUGAAUUUUUCGCAAUUUUUCUUUUAUGACUACCGUACGAAAAAAUAAUCCAAAUCAUGCGACUUAUCAUGCGGGUGAACACUGGUAAAUUUCAUACACCAUCAUGUCAGCACCAUCAUGUCAUCAGCAUUUUGACCACAGGUUCAACAAAAACGGGUUUCAAGAUCCCUACGACGUCGAGAGUAUCCGCGGAAUGCAUGGAGUUUUUUCAGUUCGAUGCAGGAAAACGAAAUCAAAGAGAAACUACUUUUUUGGCCACACUCCGUUCCUGACCCACAAUUUUUUCGCUAGCAAGAGUUUUAUUUGUCAAUCGUAACUCGGGCAGCUGGUUCUGGGUCCAGGCAAAAAAAUUCCUGGUGCAUGCACCUAUUUCUGUAACACCGGAGAUCCGGCGUGCAUGAGCAAGUUCACGUGUAUGUCAAGUAGAUUACUUACGGAUGAAGAUGAACACGCAAAAAUGCAUCGAACCCAUUACUACGACUUCAUACUACCGAGAAACAAAAUUCGGUUUCCCCAGCGACCCUACGAUUAUCCGCUGCGCGCCGCCGGACUGCGUGACUCGGAGCCAGUCUAUCAGAUGGAAAAUUGCAGCCAGGACACCAUAAGUACCAAAAAGCACUUUUCUUACCGGAGUAGUUGCUUAACGGUGACAGAGUUGCAGUUGCUCUAAAAACCAAUAACUGGAUGCAGCCAAUAAUCUCAGCGGGUCUGCGUCGAAAAGAAUCUGCUUUUUGAAGCAGCAUGCCGCAUUCGUUGCGACAGACAACGAAAUGAAGAUUGUUUAUUUCUUCACUUCUCGUAACUGCAUCCAUUUGCGUUGCACGUAGCAUCAGAACUUUGCAUGGGGUAUUUUGGCUUGCUGGUGUUCAGUGUCUUGAUUUUUCCGUCUGAUUUCCUCGCACGGCUGACGAGAACCUACUCGGCGGUGGGAAGAGCCCAGUUUCUGGACCGCGGGCCGCCAGUACUCAAGCAUUCGGCCAGUCAGCGUACGCCGGAAGAUUCUAUUAACCCUUGUCAUCGGAAAAUCAAAUUAGGCGCUCUGCCCGUUUAUAUUUGUGCAAAAUGAGGAGCGUUUCUGAUUCUGUUUUGCUCAGCGAAACUUCAGCAGCUGGGACAGUGAUGUUGACAAGGAUGCGCAUGAUGUGCAGAAACGAGGUAAUUUGAUGAUGAUGCCUCAGGGGUUUAUCACAGCAUACGUGCCCUCCUGAUGAACAAGCUUGCGUAGGGCGGGUUCUGUUGGAGUACGACAUCGAGUUUGGGAAAACGUCGAAGCGAGCAGAUGAUUACGAUUUACGACGCUUGUAAAAAGAG